ACGAAGAAGGGACAUCUGGGGCCGUAGGAAGCUGAAACCCUGAGGGGCUGCUCAGGGGUGAGAUUGGGCGCGGCCCCAGGGCCUGGCGGUGAGACUCGCGGUGAUCCCCGGGCCUCGGGGUUUUCCGCGCGCAGGUAGUCCGGCUCGCCGAGGGGGCGCAGCCUUGGGGGCGGGGCUCCUCUAGGCCCGCCCCGCGCCCAGGUGUGGCGCCCGCACCCCCCUCCGCUAGCGGCGGCGAGCCCCCUCAGCGCUCUCGAGGUGUAGGCCUGCUUGCAGCCCGGGACUGGCCCGGCCGCCCGGGCCUUUGGCGGGGGCGGGGGGGUGGAGGGAGAGAGUGCCGCGCCCUGCCCGGCCCAGGUGUCGUCUCCGGAGGCGGAGUUUGGGAAUCCGGCUGCGGGAGAUUCCCAGCCGGACUAGCUGAAGGGCAACGAGGGAAAGAAGCCUGCGGGACGAGGCAGAGCGGGCGGCGCGGGGAGUGCAGAAGGCAGGCAAAGGCGCGGGGCCGCCAGCAUGUUCUCCCGAAACCACCGGAGCCGGGUCACCGUGGCCAGGGGCUCUGCCCUGGAGAUGGAGUUCAAACGCGGCCGCUUCCGACUCAGCCUCUUAAGCGACCCGCCGGAGCUGGGAGAGCAGCUGCCACCAAAGCAAGACUGGACACUCUGUGCCCAGAGCCCCUUCUGCAGCUGGCCUCCUCUCCGGGUACCCUGCGCAUCCUCACCUCGCUUUCCUUUCCUCCCUUGCCUGGCUCCAUCAGGGCCCUGGAACAGCGGUAGGCAAGGAGACUUUGUCACAGCAGCCAGAGGGGUCUAACUGGAGCACGAGAGGGACAGGGGCUGCCUCUGCCCUCUGACCAAGAACUGCCCACCUCUUUCAAGACGAGGAGAGCAGCGGGAGAGGAAUUGUGGGCAGCGUGGGGCUGGCUCGCCCCACCCCUCUGAGGGGUCAGCAAGGGAAGGGGAGCCCAGGGGGCACAGAGAUGCAGGACAGAUUGCACAUCCUGGAGGACCUGAAUAUGCUCUACAUCCGGCAGAUGGCGCUCAGCCUGGAGGACACAGAGUUGCAAAGAAAGUUAGACCAUGAGAUCCGGAUGAGGGAAGGGGCCUGCAAGCUGCUGGCGGCCUGCUCCCAGCGAGAGCAGGCUCUGGAGGCCACCAAGAGCCUGCUGGUGUGCAACAGCCGCAUCCUCAACUACAUGGGCGAGCUGCAGCGGCGCAAGGAGGCACAGGUGCUGAAGAAGACAGGCCGGCGGCCUUCGGACAGUGGGCCACACACUGAGCGCUCCCCCUGCCGUGGCCAGAUCUGCAUUUCUGAUCUCCGGAUUCCACUCAUGUGGAAGGACACAGAAUAUUUCAAGAACAAAGGCGACCUGCACCGCUGGGCUGUGUUCCUGCUGCUGCAGAUAGGGGAACAUAUUCAGGACACAGAGAUGAUCCUGGUGGACAGGACCCUCACAGACAUCUCCUUUCAGAACAACGUGCUCUUUGCCGAGGCAGGGCCAGACUUUGAACUGCGGCUGGAGCUGUACGGGGCCUGUGUGGAAGAGGAGGGGGCCCUGGCUGGAGCCCCCAAGAGGCUUGCCACCAAACUCAGCAGCUCCCUGGGCCGCUCCUCUGGGAGGCGUGUCCGAGCAUCGCUGGAGACUGCUGGGGGCUCAGGCAGCAGUCCCAUCUUGCUUCCCACCCCGGCUGUGGGUGGUCCUCGUUACCACCUCUUGGCUCAUACCACGCUCACCCUAGCAGCUGUGCAAGAUGGGUUCCGCACACAUGACCUCACCCUUGCCACUCCUGAGGAGAACCCUGCCUGGCUGCCCCUUUAUGGCAGCGUGUGUUGCCGCCUGGUGGCUCAGCCUCUCUGCAUGACUCAGCCUACUGCAAGUGGUACCCUCAGGGUGCAGCAAGCUGGGGAGCCGCGGGACUGGGUACAAGUUCACGGAGUCCUGAAAGGCACAAACCUCUUCUGUUACCGGCAACCUGAGGACACAGCCCCUGGGGCCGAGCCGCUGUUUACUAUCGCAAUCAACAAGGACACUCAAGUCCGGGCAGGGGAGCUGGACCAGGCAGCCAGCGGGCCCUUCACCCUGAGCAUCAGGAACCAGGAUGGGGAGGAAGAGGUGAUACACACUCUUCAGGCGGAGAGUCGGGGAGCCCUGCAGAGCUGGAUGGAGGCUCUGUGGCAGCUUUUCUUUGACAUGAGUCAGUGGAAGCAGUGCUGUGAUGAAAUAAUGAAAAUUGAAACACCUGCUCCUCGGAAACCACCCCAAGUGCUGGCCAAGCAGGGGUCCUUGUACCAUGAAAUGGCUAUUGAGCCGCUGGAUGACAUCGCAGCGGUGACAGACAUCCUGGCCCAGCGGGAGGGUGCGAGGCUGGAGACGCCCCCACCCUGGCUAGCAAUGUUUACAGACCAGCCUGCCUUGCCUGGCCCCUGCUCACCUGCUUCAGUGGCCCCAGCUCCAGCCCGGAUCCAUUCCUUGCCCUGGGGGAGACCCCGAACAUUCUCUCUGGAUGCUGUCCCCCCAGACCACUCCCCUGGGGCUUCUCGCUUGGUUGCCCCUCUCCCCCUGCAGCAAUCCCCACGGUCCAGAGGCCUCUGCAGCAAAGGCCCACCCCACACUUGGCUCCAGUCACCAGUGUGAGAGAAAAAGGUGCUGGCAACAGGAUCUGGCCAGAAGAGGAGAAGAUCUGUGUGCAGCUGGGCUCUGGAUUCAGCACUGGUUGACCAGCUUGGCCUCCCCUUCCUUUGCUGGAGUCGGGGCAGGCUGAGAAGGGGUAGCAGAAGCCCCUUUAAGCUGUGGUUGCCACGGUGCUGAGGGACUCAUUCCCAGGGCUGGCUGGGACCCCCUAAACCCUUCCUGGGAGAAAACUGGAACCAACCCUGCCCUACCUCCCUGCAUUAACCAGCUUAGAGAAUGGCACUGAAGAGCCCUGGGAGGGAACACACCUCCCUUGUGACUUUUACAUUGACCAUUAAAGUUAUUUAACAUCACCCUUCA